CUUUUUCCUAUUUCCACCAUUGAGGAUCAAAAUAUUCCUCAGCACAAUGUAUCCGAAGUUGCGCCUUUAAACUGUCAAUGCCUGCCAAAUUCGACUUUGAUGCUGCAAAUAAGCACUGAGAGUCCUGUUGUGGCUUUAGUCCAACCCCAAACUUCGCUCAAACGGCAUGCAAAUUGUUCCGUUGGUUACCUUACUGGACACAAAUUGUUGCCUGUGUUUUGGACAACCAAUGUUUUUGCGUCUCUUGGAGGCGGUUCAGGUCAGUUUCUUUUAAUAUCUUUCGAAUAA